AGUGACUUUUCCUCCGGCAGAUUACUUGUGCACCCCAGAGGAGAACAUUUACAAGAUCGAUUUCACCCGGUUCAAGAUUCGGGAUAUGGAAUCGGGCACGGUGCUCUUUGAGAUCACCAAGCCCCCUGCCUCGGAACGUGAGCACAGCGAAAAGAAGGAGGUUGACCCCAACGCCGGCCGGUUUGUGCGCUAUCAGUUCACGCCAGCAUUCCUAAGGUUGCGGCAAGUUGGAGCCACGGUGGAGUUCACAGUUGGCGACAAGCCCAUCAGCGACUUCCGCAUGAUCGAGCGGCACUACUUCCGGGACCAGCUGCUGAAGAGUUUUGACUUUCAGUUUGGCUUCUGCAUUCCCACCAGCAAGAACACCUGCGAGCACAUCUAUGAGUUCCCCCAGCUCUCCGAAGACCUCAUCCAGGAGAUGAUCCUUCACCCCUACGAGACGCAGUCGGACAGCUUCUACUUCGUGGACAACAAGCUGGUGAUGCACAACAAGGCCGAUUACUCCUACAGCGGCGGGCCGUGAGCGAGCGCAGGCGCCUCUUCUCCUCCUGAUGGCGUCUCGGUGCAGAGGGGCAGCAGGGCCGGGCUCUGCGCGGAACCGGCGUCCCGGGACUGACUAGCCGAAGCCUGCCCCCCGAACUUCGGAGGCAGCGUCCCUUGUCCCCGCCUUUGGGGGGAGAACGUGACCCAGCCGUUGAGGCUCUA